AUGGAUGAGGCAGAUUUAUUAAUCAAAGAAUUAAGAAUUGAUAAUGAGACACUUUUGUCAACUGAAUACAAUCCACUUCCUCAGGUAUUUCAAAAUAAAAAGUCUAAUUCAAAUUAUAGAAAUAUUUACCACAGAGUAGAAAAGAUUAUGGAGAGUAUUAUAAACAUUACUUACAAAGGGUUUUCUGAUAGUGUUCUUUCUUAUAUGGAAGUUUAUAAUCUAAAUUUAAAAAAUGUUACACUUUUAUCAGAAAUUAAAUCUCGCAUUGACGAAAUUACUAGAACUACCUUUGAUAUCGAAAAUAUAAGAAAUAUUUUUUCUACUACAGAAUAUUUAAAAAUCAAAUGUGAUAUUACAGAAUCUUUAAAAGAUCUUAAUGACACAUUAGAAGAAUAUUAUAAUUGUACAGAUUUAACGGAAAAAUGUUAUAAAAUUUUAAAAGCUAAAAGGAUUAUUAAAGAUAAUAAUUUAAUUAAAAUAGAAGGUAUAGAAUUACUUAGAAAUGAUAUUUUAUUAGAAAUAGAGAAAUUUAUGAUAAAAGUUUACAGUAAAUUACAAGAAUAUAUUUUUAGGGAUGAGAUUCAAUAUAAGGAAUUAUUACGAAUUGUAAACGUUAUGAAUAAAUUUGAUGAUUUUGACAGAUACUUAAAUAAAAAUUAUACUAAAUAUUUAGUAUUAGAUAAUAUAACAGAUACAAAUUAUAUAGACAAUAUUAAGAGUAUUAAUACAUAUUUUAAUAAGAUACUUACAAUAUAUUUUAAACUUAAUAAAAAUAAAGAUAAGAAAGAUAUUGAAUAUGAUAAUACUAUAUUAUUAUUAGAAGAUUAUAAAUUUAUUAAAAUAGAUUAUAUUACAAAUACACUAGUAUUUUAUAAAUAUAUAAAAGAUAAUACUAAUUUUAAUGCUUUAUAUAAUAGAAUAAGAGAUAUUUAUAAUACUAAUAAAGUAAAUUAUUACUUAGUUAAUACUUUAUUAUUAAUUAAUAAAAAGUAUAAAAUAGAUAAAUAUAAAAAAUUAACAGAUAAAUAUAUUAAAAAGUUAUCAAAUGAUUUAGAAGAUGAAGUGUUAUAUUUAUUUGAUAUUUUUUAUAGAGAGAAUAAUUUUACUAAUGAUUUUUAUAUAAAUAAAAUUAUAAAGGUAAUAAAACAGAAUAUGGAUUUAAUAGAUUUAAGAAAAGAUAUUUUAUCUAAAAUUAUAAAAAAAAUAAAUAAAUAUAUUAAAAAUAAUAUAAGUGGAAGCAUUAGUGAAGAUUUCAUUGUAAAAGUUAAGUUAUUAGAUGAGAUAUUGGGGGAAUAUACAGAUGAAUGUAUUGAAAUAUAA